AUGGCCGGCGGCAAGUAUGAUGUUGCUGCUGAAAAUCCGAAAAACCAAAACCUAUCCGAUCAUAAUUCUCCAAACUACAUCCAUGCCUCAGACUAUCCAAGGCAGAUGCACGUCAAUGAGGCACUCUUGAACGGGAACUAUAAUGAUUGGGCGCAAGAGAUGUUAAACUUUCUGUUCGCCAAGAAUAAAGUUGGUUUCAUUCAUGGAACCUUCAAAAAACCCCACCCUGAUUCAAACAAUUACACGGCUUGGAUGAGGGCUGAUGCAAUGAUUAAAGGGUGGUUGAACACUGCCAUGGAGAAGGAUAUUCAGACAAGUGUCAAGUAUGCAACCACUGCUCAAGAGAUUUGGACAUAUUUGAAAGAACGUUUUGGAAAAGGUGGUGCAGCGAGAGCGUAUGAGUUAAAGCAAUCUCUCUGUGCAAUUAGACAAGAAGGUACAUCUAUCUCAGUCUAUUACACAAGGCUUCGCACCUUGUGGGAUGAAAUAGAGUUUGUGUUUCCUUUACCGAUUUCCAGUUGUGACAAAUGUACUUGUGAUUUUGGAAAGAGGCGGCGUGAACUCAAAGAUCAAGAAAAGUUGUAUGAGUUCACAAACAUAAACGAAUAG